AUGAAUCUUAUUAUCAGUAUAAUUAUUAUUACUAUUUUGAUCAUUGAGCCAAGUGUUACAGGUGAUGUUUGUUCCGGAAUAUGUAAAUGUUCUAAAGAUCUUAUAACUGUAAAUUGUGAUUCAAAACAUUGGACAGAUUUAAACGAUAAAGAAUUUCCUUCAAAUGUUGUUACUUUAACACUUAUUAACAAUCAAUUAAAAUUCGAUACAAUAAAUGAUCGUUCUAAAAUUGAAAACUUACCUCGCCUAACUGAUCUAAGUCUUAAUGCAAAUCCACUUGGAACAAUUCCACCCUUCAAUGAUUCAAAAAUUCGAUCACUUUCUUUACAAGAUACUUCAUUAACAUCAGCUAAAUUUCCUUCGUCUUAUAUGAGUUCAUUUUUACAAACUAUUUCACUCAAUAAUAAUAAAAUUCGUACAAUUAAUGUCGAUGACUUUAUUAAUUUAAAAAAUUCACAACUCAAAAAAUUACAUAUCGAUAGUGCGAGUCUCUCAAUAAUUGAUCAAAAUGCAUUUACUCCAUUAAUUCAACUUCAGGAAUUAUCAUUAAAAAAUAAUCAAUUAAAAUCAUGUGAAUUUUUAACAACAUUUCGUUUACUUUCUUCAAUUCAAUUGGAUGGAAAUCAAUUUACGUCUCUUCCACAAGAAUUAUCAACACCAAAAGUUAUUAAAACAUUCUCAUUUAAAUAUAAUUCUAUAUCAACUAUUGAUGAAUUAUCACCUUUAAAUACAUGGCAUAAAAUGAAUCAUACAGAUAUAAGAAUCUAUUUAUCAAAUAAUUCAUUUGAUUGUUGUCAAUCAUUAUGGUUUAUUCGAUUUUUAAAAACAUCAGCAUAUUUUGUUCCUGAUGCGUCAUUAUUAACAUGUGCGACUCCAUCGAAUUAUGCUGGAAAACAAUUGAUUAAACUUAAUCCAGAUGAAAUGAAUUGUGGAUCAAUUAUACCAGAUAAAUCAUGGUGGACAACAACUCGAAUUAUUGGUAUUUCUGUUGGAGGAAUAGUUACUGUUUUAAUUUUGAUUACUAGUAUUAUUAUAAUUAUUCGUCGAAGACCAUCACGUUCAGGUUAUACUGAAAUCGGAGGACAGAACGAUGCAUUACCUAAUGCACCAAUAUUAACAUCAAGUGAUCUUCCAUUUCCAGCAGAUUAUGAAGAUGAUGAUUCUGUUUCAACAUAUUCUACUGCUACAAGAAACACCACUAGAUCUCAAGCACCCACAGUCAGUACUACUGUUGGUGUUUCAGCAGUUGAUAAUUGUCACGUUUAA